GGCUCACAUCUGACCAUGUUUUUCAACAAGAUCAGAACGAGCAAGCGAAUGCACUGACUGUCGCCAGAGGCGUGGAGGAAGCAGAGCUUCUCCACGGAAGUCCCUCCCCUGACAGUCUUCCCAAAGGCCGGUCCAUGGAGGACGAGCCUGGAAUCGUGUCGCCGUUUAAACGAGUGUUCCUGAAAGGUGAAAAGAGCAGAGAUAAGAAAGCCCAUGAGAAGGUGACAGAGCGGCGUCCGCUGCACACUGUGGUGCUGUCCGUGCCUGAGCGCGUGGAGCCCGACCGACUGCUGAGCGACUACAUCGAGAAGGAGGUGAAGUACUUAGGUCAGUUAACGUCCAUCCCCGGAUACCUGAACCCUUCCAGUAGAACCGAGAUCCUGCAUUUCAUAGACAGUGCAAAGAGAGCCCACCAGCUCCCCGGACACUUGACCCAGGAGCACGAUGCUGUGAUCAGCCUGUCUGCCUACAACGUCAAGCUGGCCUGGAGGGACGGGGAGGACACCAUCCUCAGGGUCCCCAUCCACGACAUUGCCGCCGUCUCCUACGUGCGGGACGACGCCUCACACCUGGUGGUGCUGAAGACAGCCCAGGACCCCGGCAUCUCCCCCAGCCAGAGUAUGUGUGCGGAAAGUUCCAGAGGCCUCACCGCAGGCUCCCUGUCGGAGAGCGGAGUGGGGCCUGUGGAGGCGUGCUGCCUGGUGAUCCUGGCCACAGACAGCAAGGUGGCCGCGGAGGAGCUGUGCUCCCUGCUGGGGCAGGUCUUCCAGAUCGUGUACACGGAGUCCACCAUCGACUUCCUGGACAGAGCCAUAUUUGAUGGGGCCUCGACACCCACCCACCACCUAUCCCUCCACAGUGAUGACUCUUCUACCAAGGUGGACCUGAAGGAGCCCUACGAGACGGACGCCAGCACCUUCUCCUUCCCCGAGUGCGUGCACGCGGGCGGCGUGUCACCCUUGAACUUCUGUAUGCCAACGGUGCCCCACGCCAAGGCCGCCAGCGAGAGCGAGCUGAGUGCCACGGCCGCUGAGCUGCUGCAGGACUACAUGCUCACGCUGCGCACCAAGCUGUCGUCGCAGGAGAUCCAGCAGUUUGCCGCCCUGCUGCACGAGUACCGCGACGGGGCCUCGGUGCACGAGUUCUGCAUCAGCCUGCGGCAGCUCUACGGGGACAGCCGCAAGUUCCUGCUGCUGGGUCUGCGGCCCUUCAUCCCCGAAAAGGACAGCCAGCACUUUGAGAACUUUUUGGAGACCAUAGGCGUGAAGGAUGGCCGUGGCAUCAUCACUGACAGCUUUGGCCGCUGCCGGCGGGCCCUGAGCUCCACCUCCACCUCUAACGGGAACAGGACAGCAGGCAGCUGCGACGACCAGUCGGCACCCUCUGAGGGGGACGAGUGGGACCGCAUGAUCUCGGACAUCAGCAACGACAUUGAGGCCCUGGGCUGCAGCAUGGACCAGGACUCUGCCUGACGGUGCCAGGAGGGCCUGCCAGUUUACCCUCCCCAUGUGAGCGGUGCAGGUGGCCCUCUGCUGUGACCGAAACUCUGGUGCAUGGGCAGGGGCUGCCCCCAGCUGCCUGCACAUGGCCUGCACCGGGUAGGGUCCUGUGGGCCAGACCCCGGACAGCUGUCGCUUUUGCACAUGACAUCCCAUCGAAACUCUCAGAGACCUUAAAAGAAGUUUACUGCAAUGUGAAUAAUUUA